AUGGCUUCUACUCUACUCGUUGGAGAAAUGUUGGCUGUUGUAAUUGCAUUCGUUGUCAUGGCAGUUGCCGAAGUGGCGCCGAACCGCUGCCGAGUCACGUGCGGUUCCAUAACGUCGGCCAAUGGUGACGUCAUCAGUUUGCUACCAGUACCCGCAUCGAGUGUACCUGCUAUGAAUGUGUUGAGAAUGAACAUUCUUUCUGCAACAUUUGUAUGCUUUCUUCCAGGAGCUGAUACCACCCAUGCGAUCUCAGCAUCUCCAACCCAAACCCCAUCAACUCCAACGACUGUGCCAUCUCCAACAUUUUUGACUUCAUCAACUUCAUCAAAAUCAGCUACUACAAAUCCAUCAACCUCAUCAAAACUUACGAGCCUUUCUUCAUCAAGUACAACAACCCAAUCAUCUCAAACAACCACAUCCAUCUCGACAACGCCGUCAACACCAUCAUCAACACCAACUACAUCAACACCAGCACCAAUAUUAACCAUGUCAACAUUAACAUCAACAGCCGCAACUCUUACUUCAUCAACUACAACAACACAACCAACCGUUACAACAAACCCUUCGGCGCUUUCAUCAACUACAUCAAUCGCAUCAUCUCCAACGACGUCUUCAACAGCUUUAGGAACACCAACAACCUUAUCAACUAUAUCGACAUCAACAAAUCCAUUAACACCCACAACUCCGAUGAAGUCUUGCACCGAAUUCUGGUCGUACUAUGAGGGGUGGUGUUAUGGCUAUUUCCGGGAUCCAGUCAACUUUGGCAGCGCCUUGACGGCGUGUCGGACGAUUGCGGGUUUGGAAGCCGAUUUGGUAUCGAUACACAGUGACGCUGAAAAUGCGUUCGUCUAUGACUUAUGGGUGACCUUGGAGGAAUAUAUUGGUGAAUUGUUAUGGACUGGAUACCAUCAACCGACGAAUGGGGCUUCGGAACCCUUCGUUUGGACUGACGGGACACCGGAUGAUUACGCCUCGUGGGAACCAACGCAGCCCGACGAUUUUGGGGGAAACGAAAACUGCGUGUCUUUCUGGCGACGGAGCCCCGCAGAUGACGCGGUGAAGCCUUGGAACGACGUGCCGUGUGAUACCGUCACUGCCCCCUUCGUCUGCAAGGCAGCUAUCUAAAGAAUUAUUUUGGAUUUUUUAAUCUGUAAUUUGCCUACCAUCCCCAGCAAGUGUAGCCAAAGUAGUUUAGUGGAACAGCCGAUGGCACAGGGACUGAAGCUUUUGGUUCCACUAUUUAAAGCUUUUCAGGUAGACCUACAUGAAAGUCAGAUAUUGAGAUUUCACCGGAGAUAGCAUAGGGCCUACAAAUGUCUGAAACCAGACUUUUUGAGAAACAACAGAAUUCCUUGUAAUGUAGCUGCAGUUAGCAUUGUCGCUUUUGGAGUACUUCACCCGAACUGUCUUUCCAAGUGAACAGCAGUCCUUACUCGGUUUGAUAAGGAUAGUUGAAAUAAGAUGAGUAGACUGUAUAAGGCAAGGCGAGUUUAUAAAUAUCUAUCACAAAAUGUAUAUUGGUGAAAUAAUUACACUGUUUUAUGAGUAGUCGUUGACGUAAGCAUUAAGUAAUACCCUAAAGGUGAAAAAUAAUAACUGAAUAACGGUUCUGGCAAUCAUUUUGCUUAUCAGGCAUAGUGAAUGAUCGGUGUGAAUUAAGGAUACAAGAUUGUAUAUACA